AUGGAAAAAUCAUCGUUGAAUAAAUUCAUUAGUAAAAAGCGACAACCAACAGCAGUACUAACUGAAUGUAAAAUUUGUGGAGAUUCAGCUAUAUAUUCAUAUUAUGGUGCUGUAUCAUGUAGUUCAUGUAAAACAUUUUUCAAACGACAUGCUCAACAAGGACAGCAAGCAUUUAAAUGUGAUUUGAAUGGUAAUUGUGAAAUAAAUCUCAAUACUCGUCGUGCAUGUACUUAUUGUCGACUUUGUAAAUGUUUUACAAAUGGAAUGCAAGUUGAAAUGAUUCGAGGACCUUUUUCGAAAAGAAAUAAAACAAGAAAACCAAACAAUAUAGUUAAUUCAAUACAAACAACAACAACAGUUGUAGCUAGAUUAAAUCAACCUGAACAGUUUCCAACUUUGAAUCUUUUACAAUCAGAUCAAUCAACAUUAACUAUCGAUCAAUGGAUUCUUCUCUCAAAUUUAUCACAUUGUUAUGAUGAAUAUAAUGGAUUAUUAAUUGGUAAAAAUUUCAUGGAUCAACAAAAUAAUUUACCUCUUAAAUUUCGUUUUAAAAGUGCACCAAUGAUAGAUUUUUUCCAUAUGGAAUUAGAUCAAGCUCAAUUAUUAUACAAAAACAAUCGAGAUUUUCUUCAUUUAUAUGCAGAUGAUCGUUCUAUUUUACUUCAAAAGACAUUUAAAUAUACAUCAAGUAUUUCUUUACAUUUCAUUUAUCAACAAAUUGGAUUAUGUAAUUAUCCAGCUUUCUAUGAUACUGUUGAAUUAAUUACUAAUUCAGGUGUUGCAUCUGAUACUAAGCGUAUACAAUCUUUACUUAAUUUUGAUAUAAUAAUAACGAAAUUAUUUCUUGCUAUUCUUUCUUUUUCAACAAUAAGUUAUACAACUUAUUCAAAUAAUUCUUCAAUAAAUUUCUCAAAUAUAAAACAAAUCAUAAAUAUUCAAGAUACAUAUAUUGAAUUAACAUGUAAAUAUUUAUUCUAUAAAUACAAAUAUGAACAAGUUAUUAAAUGUUUUUCUCAGUUUAUUCGAUGUAUAUUUGCUGUCAAUGAUGCUUUAGUUAAGAUAGAUGAUGUUCAAUGGUUCACAGAUGAAAUAGAUUUUCUUAUUGAACAGAUUAAAUAA